GAAUAUAUACUAGAGUACGGUAGAUUUAAAUGAACCUGACGAAGCAGCAACUGGACGAGCUUCCUGGUCCACCGGUUUUUUCGUAUUGUUCAUCUCGUAAUUGAUUUCACUUCAAUCUCCUCGAGCUAGUUUUCUACAAUGCACUUCCACUUUCAUGUUAGACGUGAUUCGAACAGAGAGUUAUGCUCAAAUUCAUCACAUCGUGUAACAUGCAGACGGAGAAGAAGUCCCCGCAAAGUGAUUCACAAUGACUGGAAAGCACAGAACGCGUGAGUGUGAGCGUGUGUCGUCGUAAGCUCGGUGUCAUCGAAUCGGCUAGUUCGGUCCUCGUUUCGGUUGUAAACAAUUUUUCGAAAGAUAAUCCCCCUUGAUACCACUUCCACGUCCAGUUGUUCCAUCCUUAAAGGUGUUGCUGGCAGGUUGACGGUUACCUUUACACUAUCCAAGUACACUCCCUAGUACUCGUAUCUGCAGGUUGCCAACAGGAGUCGUGAAAGAUGAUCACACCUUCACCAGCAAAAUGAAGAUCGGAACUUUUGUCAUGACUGAGGAAGAGAAAAGUCGUGGUGCUACAACUGUUGCUCGUCUAAUUGCGACGAGGCAGAUGGUACUUGUUAGUAUAAUUGAGACGAGGUAGAUGUGGAAGGUCUUUUAACUUUUGUCAGGUAUGAAAAUGUAGCAGCAUGAUUUCUUGUGUGGCCUCGCCAUUUUUUGGAAACAAUCAUUCAAAAUGUUCGCCCAAACCAUGGACGUUCGUGACAUCUGGUCGGCGCUGGACCAGGUAGACGUCCCCGCUGAUGGACACGAUGCCGCGAUGUACGAUUCUUGCUCCGACGACGAAGAUGAGGCUUUGACGGAUCGAAUUGCGACAUCUUCCAAUGUCAAUGUUGUUGAUUUGAACAAUGAGUUACUUCUAGCCAGAAAAGAAGGAAACAAGAACUGUGAUCUUCAACAUGGUGGUGCUGCUAGAGCAUCAAAUUCGACAUCUUCAACAGCUGCAACGAAAGGGACGCAGCCUUCUUCACUAGGGGACAAUCCCAAUUCCUAUCACCGUGGCAUCCUCGGUUCUCGGGACGUGCGUGCAGAGAAUAAUCCGAAAGUGGCGCAUGGCGAGAUAUCACGGUUGAGGACGACGGAACAAAAAAUCAAUCGCCUUCUAGAACGUAACUUGGAGAAUAAUCUGGCCAGAGCUCGUGUCUUUGAAAGGCUAAAGGAAAAACAGGGAAGAAAGAAGGAAGAUGCGAGUGUGAGGAUGCAAGUAGAGGGAGAGGGAGACGUUGAUGAAUGUGGAUCGGUAGGAGAGCAGGCAUCUUCGGCGGGUGCAUCCGGAGUAGUUCCAGCUCGUCCAGCAGAGCAGCAGAAUAAGAAACCACCCUUGAGGAAACCUCGUCUCGCCACUUCGAAGAUCAAGAAGCCGUCGAAGCCCAAAAUCUUCCAUUCUGCCUCUCCGUCUUGUGCUGACAGUACCUCUGCGCCAGAAAAUGAUGUCGACAACUCACUUCCACCAGAAAAUGUUGCAGCCACAACUGCAUCUUCCCCACGACCGAUGCAACAGUAUGACGAAGCCCUAGAGAGCCAGGAAGCGGACCACGUCGAUGCAGCACAUCUUCCUCUAAGUGUUGUUGGGGUCACUCCAGGACGAAGCGAAAUUGGUGUAGGUGAAACACCAAUAGGAGACGAGGAAGAAACAUAUGAAAGGUUGCAUCACUCAGAAGAGAGCUCUGCUGAACGCUGUACGCAAGCUGCACAAGCCGAAGAGCCACGCCUAGAACCGGUCGCUGAGGUCCACGACCUUCUAGCAGUCUCAGGACACGGACUGUUCGACACGCCGGAUAGUUCGGCCGAUGAUCAUUCCAACAACUCAGGUUGCACCGCUUCUAGUACAACACAUGACAAUGAUCUUUGCACAGCCACAGAUCACAUGUUGAGUAGAGCGAGUCCACAACUCCGAAAGGAAGUAGCCACCACCGCCGCAGAGAAUGUGCCGCAUGACGAACAAGUUGCAGCUUCACAAAUGCACGGCUUUUCUCUGCCUACGGCUUCAUUCGAGGGCACGGUCGCAGAGAUGGACGUCGAAGGAGGCAGCCCUCCUACUGCGCUCGAUGUUGUUCUGAAGGAACAUGCAGUACAAGAGGUUAAUAGAGCUGUUUUAAAGAGCGAACAAGAGGAAACUGCUGGCACAGCAACAAGUACGUCAAACGUCAAGACAUCGCAAAAGAUAAACAUAAAGAACAAAAACAAGUCAAUACAAAAACCGUCGCAGGCGUCCUCCACUCCCGCAGACCACACAGCAAAAUCCACGGCGAAGGCACGCGCAUCGUCGGCGACUAGGAAGAAGGCAGCCGCCACACCAAGCACAGCAUCUUCAUCGAAGCUGGAGGCAAAAUCAGAGGCGAGCAAGGCGAAAUAUACUGCUUCUCGUUCAUGUUCUCCCAGGAAAGACAGUCAAGGCACCAAAACGACUACUCCGACUCCAGCAAAGAAAAAAAGAGUAGAGCAGAAGGUAGCGGAGAAGCAGGCAAACACAUCACUAGUAGGGACACAUGCACCUCAUCCGGACUUGCAGGAACAGCCUUUCAUGUUCGUACAACAGAUUGUACAACCACAACCAGAAGUUCCUUCACGACUAUCGCAAUCAGCAUGCAGAACAAAUGCAGCACUAGCUUCUCCACCAGAAGAUGCUCAAUUUUCUACAGUAGCACCAGCAAAAGUCGCUACCACCGUAUCGAUAUCGAAACCAACCCCCUUCUCCGAGGAACAACUCUCCUCCACCACAGCUUUCUAUCAUCCUCUAGUCGCAGAAAAGCGGGGUCGUGACGCAAGACGAGCUGAGCGACAGCAGGAAGCUGGAAAGUUCUUCAGUGACAUGAGGGACAGACUAAGAGCAUUUCGGAUGGGCAUGGAGUCUGCGGUUGCAGCAACACCUCCGGUCGCGCCUGCGUGUCUUAGUGGCUCUGUGGCAACUGGAUCUAUUAGUACACUGGCACAGGAGCUCGCAUCUUGUUCACAGCAGCAAGAAGAGCAAAACGUCCAACAAGAACGCAAGCAUUCGAAUCUACUACAUCUGGACGAGAAGCUGAUAAAAGAAGGGACAAGAGUUGUAAAUGUCCUGCAAAAGGAAAUAACGCCAAGUAUGGAUGAUAUCCAUGCGACGACGACAGGUGUCAAUUCUCUUUUUGGUGGUCAAAAGACCAACCAGAAACAUCUUCAAGCAGGGGAAGCUGCAGCACCAGGACGACCACCGACACCGUUUUUUGGGUCAACCGCGCCGAAAUUUGACUGGGCAGAGGAAUUGGACAGCCUGAAGGCAACAAAGCGUGCGAUGCAGCAUGCAAAGUCCUCUUCUAGUUCCUCUAACCCGUCUUCGGCUAACCCGUCUUCGGCGCCUACGACUUCGUCGUCAUUCUUCAGGAGUAGGCACCAUGAGGAGGCGGGAAUGUUGAAGACACCACGCAGUUGUAAAAAUCUUGCUUCCACCACGAAGACGUCAUCUGGCUCGCUCAGAUCGCCAGCUGCCACAAAUCGAUGUCCACCACGUUUGGUGCUACGAAGCGAGAUGACUAAUUACAACACUUGUUCAGGUCACUUGCGCGUUGCAGCUGACGAAGCUGACGAUACCGAUGUAAGUCCAAAACCCUUUCUUAUCCGAGAAACUCCCGAACACGAUAGGGAAGAUGAUGAGGCGGGUACUAGAACAGCUGCAUCACGACCAGCAAAAGACCUCUGGGCUGCCUUGGAUGAUGAAGAGGAGCUAUAUGUUGUACCUUCGUCUUCCUCAUUGCAGCCUUCUAGUGCUAGUGGUCACGACACCAGCACAUCUGCAAUGGGCGUUUCGGCGCAUUCCUGCCUGUCUGAAUCUGCAAUUCCCGAUCAUUCUGGGCUUCCGUCCAAGGCAGAACCAAACUACACGAGGAUAGAAGGAAAUGAUCUUCAUCAUACUACUACUUCAACUCUUACUCGGUCUUCUGCUUCUGGUGAUGCCACUUCUGAUGUUGAUCAAUACACAACAAGUGCAGGAGGAGCUUCACCUCGACCACGCGUGAAUCCACGACAAACCACCCCUCCAAGUGUGACACCACGAGAGACCAACAUGACAUUUACUUCCUCUUCUUCUUCUUCUUCUUCUUCUAGCACACACCCACGAGAAGCACACCCACAAGAAGCAGAAGCUGCCACCACCUCUGCUUCCGCAGUCCGACUGCGGGAACGCUUGCAACUUUCCCUUGCUCAACUCGCGGACACCUGUGACAGAACGCUUCUCCGUAAUUUGAAGACGUCCACGAAUAGAGCAAAGAUGACAAGUGCCUUAGUGGAAGCUUGUGGAGCUCAGCAUCGUGAUAGCGUAGAGAAGCUCCUAGGGAAAUACGAUGAGAUAGAGGCAAAGAGUGAGUACGCAGGAAAAAUACUAGGGGGUCGAGGAGGAUUUGCAAAACAUAAUGUAACACCGAACAAUGAUGUUCUUGAUCUGACAGGAGCAUCAUCAACAUCCAAAGCAGAACACGAAGAUAGAAGCAAACUGACUUCGUCAACAUCUUCAUCAAGUAGUGCUACGUCAUCCUCUCCUCGUCAAGCCUUGCACAUCGUCUCAGAGAUAGAGAAAUCUAAGAGGCAGAUCGAUGAUGAGAUCCGUCGAUCAGGCCAGAAGUUGAAAAUGACAAGGAAUAGAACUCCUAGGUCUACCGGUACUGCGAGGGGCGCUCCUGCUACUGGUGUCGGUAGAAAUAGAUCGAAGUUGAGGCCGCCCUCAAGACUGGUGGCUAGACGAGCGGAGCAUGGAGACGACAGUAUUUCUGGUGGUGACGCUGGAGUGGACUGGUCUGCUUUCGACGACGACGGAGGAGGUGACGCGAUUCACAGUACUCAAACUGAUGUUCCUGGACCCGCAGCCUCAGAAGAGGACGAGAGAAAUCUUCCUGUUGAUCACGCUCAAGGUUCUGGGCAGACUCAGGACGCAAGCAGCAUGUCCUUUGUCGACGUACAUCGCGCAUGGCUGGCAGCAGCGGAGCAGCAAGAGGCCGGUAGCCAACAUGGUCAAGACGAAAUUCGUUCCACUUCUUCAAGCAGAACUCCUCGAGAAAUGAACAAUCCGUACAAUCAAGGGCCCUUACUUUCAGCACGGCGAGGACCUCCACAGCUGCAGUCCUUAUCAUCUUCCUCUUCUGCAUCUGCCUCUUCCACAUCAAUUUCUAGAGUCGCCGAUUUAGAAGAGCAAAGUGCUUCUGCUGCAGCUGCUGCAACAGCCAUUAUGAGCAACUUGAUCACGGCAAACCCCGUAACAGAGUCGAUCCUCGUAACUCAGCAACGGAAUACGCAACCAAGAUCUUUGAUGUCGCUUCUGCGACAGCACUCGUCGGCUAUGAGGGUAGACGGCGUGGAGGAACAUCUGCGAACGUCGACAGCAGGAGGAGAACAUGAUGUAAAUGCUGGUAGAAAUACCUCUAGGACACCACCUGGCGGAACAACUACAAGACCUGCUUCCUCAUCCAGCACCAUACGACCUUCCAUGCGAUCUCGAGGAAAUCUUCUCGCGAGUGGUCCGACAGUUCUUUCGCAGACGCUGAAGACUUUGGACGCCCUGACGAAAGGGCGAGUCCUGUACACCACCAUGGACUGCGCUAUCUGCCUUGAGGUUAUGCAACGUGGCGAUCGGGUAACAACGCUCCCCUGUGGCAACGGUCGUCAUUCUUUUCAUGCUGAAUGCUUGAAGAACUGGGUUUUGACUAACAGAGUACCGACAUGUCCACUAUGCAAGGAAGUCAUUGCGCCUGUUUGAAACUAUACUACCGCGCUUCUUGUAUACUUUGAUGUAGUUGUAAUUUCACUUGAUGUGGUUGAUCAUGUGCGCUUCUUGUACUAUAGUUGUUUCACUUGAUGUACAUGUAGCUGAUGUUGCUAACCUAGUAUUGAACUUUUUUUCAUCAUGAUGGCUGAUUAUCUUUUUUACUCGUUGUUGUACUGAGUCCUUGAUGUUUUCUUGAUUCCUUGUUUCUCGUUGUUUUUCUUGAUUCCCACACAGAAUGAUCUGUACAACAGUAACUUGCAAAGCUGAUUUUCCGUCUUCCUCUCUCUCUUCGAGAUGGCCGCGUUGUACAGAAUGACUGAUUUCGGAGGAAUUGCCCAGCUUUACGAAACAAU